AUGUUAAUAGGAAAAGGAAACAAUAGUGAAUUAGUUCGAAAUAUUUUACUUUAAAGAGAAAAGUUUGGUGAAGCAAAUUAAUUUUUUUCUGAAGUCAAUAUAUAAUGGUAACCAUGGUCAAGACAUAUAAACAAUUAUAAUUCAAGGACAACUAAUAUAAGUUAAAUUAAUAAAAAAAUAUGUAAUCAUUUUGAGUUUCACGACGAAUUAACAUAAAAGAAUAAUUUAGUAUAAAACUUAAAACAAUAUUGUUUAGAAAAUAAAAAAGAUGUUUUUUAAAUAACUCCUCUCACAUUUGAAAUAAAUAUUGAUAGUAAAUACUUUUAGGAAGAAAUCAAUGAUUUUUGUUAAUUUUUAAUAAAAAUAUACCUAUAGACUAUAAAUAUUUAACAAAAACAUCAAUAUAAGUUAUGA